AUGGCUCACAUCAAGAUGAUCAUCGCGCUCGCCUGUCUGGCUGUCGCACGUGCCCAGUAUGGUGGUCAGUCAUCUGGCGUGUAUGGUGGUCAGUCAUCUGGCGUGUAUGGUGGUCAGUCAUCUGGCUUGUAUGAUGGUCAGUCGUCUAACGUGUAUGGUGGUCAGUCAUCUGGCUUGUAUGGUGGUCAGUCAUCUGGCGUGUAUGACGGUCAGUCAUCUGGCGUGUAUGGUGGUCAGCCAUCUGGCGUGUAUGGUGGUCAGUCAUCUGGCGUGUAUAGUGGUCAGUCAUCUGGCGUGUAUGGUGGUCAGUCAUCUGGCGUGUAUGGUGGUCAGUCAUCUGGCUUGUAUGGUGGUCAGUCAUCUGGCGUGUAUGACGGUCAGUCAUCUGGCGUGUAUGGUGGUCAGCCAUCUGGCGUGUAUGGUGGUCAGUCAUCUGGCGUGUAUAGUGGUCAGUCAUCUGGCGUGUAUGGUGGUCAGUCAUCUGGCGUGUAUGGUGGUCAGUCAUCUGGCGUGUAUGGUGGUCAGCCAUCUGGCAUUUAUGGUGGUCAGCCAUCUGGAGUGUAUGGCGGUCAGGCCUAUGGCAGCUAUCCCAGUUCUAAUAGUUAUGACAACAGCAACCAAUACCUAACUGGUCAGUACUUCAACCCCAGACCGUCGUAUGUGUCCAACUCCUAUGGUUCGUCUAACUACAACAACUACAACACACCAUCAAGCUACGGGGGAAGCUACGCUAUAAAUUACCCAUCCCUCUUGGUGCCGAGUUACAGCUCCCAAUAUAGCUCAUCUGGCCAACAGUCAUAUACCUCAAGAUUCGUCAGCCAACCAUCUUACACCCCAAGCUCUUUCAACCAGCCAUCUUACAUCUCAAGCUCUGUCAGCCAGCCAUAUUACACCUCAAGAUUUGUUAGCCAACCAGCCUACACCCCAAGCCCAUCUAGCCAACCAUCCCCAAACCCAGCUAGCCAACCAUUUCCAAGCCCAGCUAACCAACCAUCUCCAAGCUCUGCCAACCAAACAUCCUACACCCCAAGCACCACUAGCCAACCAUCCACAAACACCACUAGCCAACCAUCUACAAACACCACUAGCCAACCACCAACAAACACCACUAGCCAGCCAUCCACAAACACCACUAGCCAACCAUCUCCAAACACCCCUAGCCAACCAUCCUACAAACAAAGCGGAUCAAGCUCCCCAUCCCAACCCCAGUACAACCCCUCCAACCCGACCAAGCCCAGCCAGUCUUCCUACGGCAGCCAACCCCCAGCCAACCAACCAACCAGCUACUACCAGACGGCUUAUGGUAACAAAUACCAUGUUGCUGGAGUUUGUAAGUACACAUUACAUUUGAUCUUUAUUCAACUAGCCAUGUUUAGAAUUACAGUAUGA